GACUGAGGUGCCAACGAACGUACAGGAAGAAACGAAAGCGGUGCUGCGCCGGGCUCGUGCUCGUGCUCCUUGAGUGUGAUUUUUUUCUCUUCAAAAAGUUAUUAUGGAUGAAGUUUGUAACCCACUAUGGUGCCUCGCAGAUUGUCACAGUGCAGAGACAUUUAAAGACGACAAGGUGGAGACAGUGACUUCUAUUGAACAGAAAAAAGUUGAAGAAAGUGCGGAAGACAUAUUCAGUGCCUACAAGAAAAAUCACAGAUUAAUCCAACCAACUUUACAGAGGGAGCAGCAUUAUAUAUAUUUAAAAAAAGGUUUACGACAUCUUACAGAUGCAUAUGAGUGUCUUGAUGCAAGUCGGCCUUGGUUAUGCUAUUGGAUACUUCACAGCCUGGAAUUGUUGGAUGAAGUGGUCCCGUCAUCUGUUGAGUCAGAUGUGUGCAAAUUUUUGGCUCGAUGUCAGAGUCCCACUGGAGGUUUUGCUGGUGGACCAGGACAGCAUGCACACCUUGCACCUACUUAUGCAGCUGUGAAUGCUCUCUGUAUUAUAGGAACAGAAGAAGCAUACAACGUCAUUGACAGGCAGAAACUGCUGGAUUUCCUGUACUCUGUAAAACAGGCUGAUGGUUCAUUUAUCAUGCAUGUUGGUGGAGAAGUAGAUGUGAGAAGUGCAUAUUGUGCUGCUUCUGUAGCAUCAUUAACAAACAUCCUCACUCCGACCCUGUUUGAGGGAACUCCAAACUGGAUUGCAAGAUGUCAGAACUGGGAAGGUGGCAUUGGUGGAGUGCCUGGAUUGGAGGCACAUGGUGGCUAUACUUUCUGUGGAAUGGCUGCUAUGGUUAUUCUGCAGAAGGAAUACACACUGGACCUUAAAUCCUUGUUACAUUGGGUAACAAGCAGGCAAAUGAGAUUUGAAGGUGGUUUUCAAGGUCGAUGCAACAAGUUAGUGGAUGGCUGUUACUCUUUCUGGCAAGCUGGACUACUUCCUCUCUUGCACAGGGCCUUGCAUAAAGAGGGUGAUUCUGCUCUCAGCAUGACCAAUUGGAUGUUCCACCAGCAAGCUCUGCAAGAAUACAUUCUUCUGUGUUGUCAGAAUCCGGCUGGCGGAUUGCUGGAUAAGCCUGGCAAAUCUAGAGACUUCUACCAUACAUGUUACUGUCUAAGCGGGCUCUCUCUAUCGCAGCAUUUUGGGGGCGGGGAUAUCCAUCAUGAACUGAUUGUUGGCAAAGAAGAAAACCGCUUGGCCCCUACUCACCCAGUUUAUAACAUCUGUCCUGAGAAAGUAGCACAAGCCCUACAGCAUUUUCUUCAAAAGCCAAUCCUAAGUCGAAGCACCGAGGCGUCCAGCUCUUAACUGUCUCCAGGAGGAAACAGCAAGACAGACAUGUACAAAUCCAUCCAGAGUUAUCCAAAGGGACUGCAGGGCUCUUUGGAGUGUAGCCGUUUUCCAAGUUGGGGCAUUGACAAAUCCAAAAGGUCCCUAGCAGGUGUGUGCUGCAUCUCAUGUAUCUGAGAAUGAGGAUUUUUUGUCCACUGAUCAAUGCAAGAGAAUAUAUUAUCUUGCUGAAGAAUUUUAGCAUACUAAUAAAUGAAGUUUGUGUUACAA